GAUCGUAGCUGUAUUUAAAAUGUUAGCACCCGAAGGAAGGUGUUAGUCUGAUACGGGGAUCUAUCAAUGAAGGUCUGUAUUUAGAAGGACGAUAAGAACCCAAGAAAAUAACAUUUUUGAGACGGACAUAAGGAAUUAAGAAGAUGACAUUGUGAAAAAUAGCAACGGACCGCGGGACAUUGGAUUAUUCAAGAACAAGAUCCCAUUAACAAGAUACCUUGACAGAAACCCACCAUGUACAUUCUUUACCUCGUAGCACUGCUCGCCGGCCAAGCAAUUGCGACAGACUUCAACGCCCUGUGUUCUGACCCCAAGCUAAACUCACUCAAGAACUUCAUGGUACUAUGUGAUGCCUUCCGUUCCUUUUCUGACAAUUUAAAUGAUGUAUCAUUAGAUUCCAAGCGGCAUAGGGCAACAUUUAUAAGAUACGGUCGCGAUGCCAGCCACGUCAGUCAAGAAAAUGCCUUAGAAACCCAUUUAACAACGCCUAGUAAACGAAAUACGGAGGGCUACAUGAGGUUUGGUAGAUCAGUAAAGGAUCCACAGCCCGCACAAAAUGUCGAAAAUGUCGAUGUCGAAAAUACCAAAAAAGAAGAAGAGAAAAAAGCCAUACCGUCAACAGCCGUUGAUUCGGAGCAAAAACAAGAGACGACUGCGGAGGAUGACAAGGCGAAACGAUACAUGCGGUUCGGCCGGAAUAAUUAUAUCAGGUUUGGGAGGGAGAGCGAGGAAGCUGAUGAUGAUGAGAUAGAUGAUGCUAAGAGGUACAUGCGCUUCGGGAAGAAGGAUGAUGCCAAGCGUUAUAUGAGAUUUGGUAAAAAGAAUCUUGGUCCAGUGGCGGAGGAAGAGGGUGAAGAACAGAAACGCUAUAUGAGAUUCGGCAAGAAGGAUGGGUCUGAUGAUGCUGAGAAAAGGUACAUGCGGUUCGGUAAGCGGUACAUGCGGUUCGGUAAACGCGAAGACGACUUGGAAGAGGAUAAGCGCUAUAUGAGAUUCGGAAAGAAAUCGGAUGAUGAAAAACGGUACAUGAGGUUCGGAAAGAAGGACGGCGAGGAACAGGAUGAGAAGAGGUAUAUGAGAUUUGGUAAGAAGAGUGAUGAGGAUGAGAAAAGGUACAUGAGAUUCGGUCGGGGUGAUGAGGACAUGGAUGCUGAUAAAAGGUACAUGCGGUUCGGUAAACGCUACAUGCGGUUCGGUAAGCGGUACAUGCGGUUUGGUAAGCGCGACGAAGAAGACGCGAACGAGGGUGGUGAUGAUGAGAAGAGAUACAUGAGGUUCGGUAAGCGCUACAUGAGGUUUGGUAAACGUGAUACGCCCAUUGACGAAGUGCGGAAACGAAACGUCCGGUCUGUUGAUGAGAGUAAAGCCGAGAAGGCCGCACACAUGCGUUACAGGAGGUCCGAGGGACCGGAUGGGUUCGAAAGAGACGCCCGAUACAUGCGGUUCGGACGGAACCCCAAUGGUGCUACGGUCGACGGAUAUAUUCGUUUCGGUCGACUGUUAGACGGCGAGGAUAGCGACGAAACAGAGGAGACACCUGCAAAGCGUUACAUGCGUUUCGGUAGAGACUAUCUUCGUUUUGGUCGCCUCCUUGACGGAGAGGAGGAGUCAAGCAAUGACAAUCAAAACUCUAGUCCUGUACAGAAAAGGUUCAUUCGCCUUGGUAGACUAUUUGGUGGCUUAGGCGUAAGCAAGGAGGAAUUACAACGGCGAUACCUCCGAAAUAACCGCGAUCGGGCCGGCGGGUACAUGCGGUUCGGCCGAUCAGAGCCAGCUGGUGGUUACAUGCGAUUCGGAAAAUAAGCAUCUGCUUUGUUUUCCUAUUGUGAACGGAUUACAUUUGACAUUGCAACAAGACAUUCCUCGAAGUUUCAGCUAAAAUGAUAUACCCGUGGACUUCUAAGAUAGUAGGUUCAAGUUAUCAGAAAACAAGCCAAAAGGUCAGACGCUGUAUUAUAAAAAGGAACAGGAUAAAGUAUUAGCUAUGUGUCAUGCUUCUCUCAUUAAUGGAUAAUAUCGUGAUGGCGUGAAGAGUAUUAUAGUUCUUUUCUAUUAUGAACAAAUCAACAAGUGAAAGGGUACGUGACUCUCAAACUACAGUCAGUGCUACAGGUAACAUUCGGUAUAGCCCAGCGAAAACAUACAACGCAAAACAUCAACAAAUUAGUCAGCAGCACAAAGUUGAUGCCAUUAUCAACUUAUUAUUCGUUUGAAAACUGCAAAAGGUUAUUCUGUUUUUUAGAUUGCAAAUGGUUGUAUACAGACUUCCUUGUGAGCAUUGUAUCGUGACAUCACUGACGUGCAUUCGUAUUCGAAGAUGUUUAUUGAGGCAGGGGAUAUCCACAUUCUGUUUCGGUGACUGAAAUCGACAACACAGACCAAUAUUUGCAUAAUAAACCUAAUGUCCCUCUUUUCGCCUUUCCUGACUUUGACAUUAAGGAGUACACAGAUCCGUGACGAUACCUUCCUGUGUGGCCUUCUGCAUGUCCUGGGGAAAUAUUUGACCUGGACAUUUCGUGUCUUUGCACAUCAUUGGGUCAUAUUCAAUUUAUCAAAUGUUAUGAACAGGUGUAAAUAGUCCCAACACACACUUUCCUUCAUUCAUCACUAAGUUUAAUUGCUACUCGGUACCUGUCGUCUCUUAAACACAGUAAAUACGUUUGAUUGCAAGUUCCUACUUGGAAAGGAAAUUAAAAACAAAAAUAAUGGCCAAAGUCACGCCCGUAUCAGUUAGGAUGGUGACAUUGGUAAUUUUGAUGAAAGCGUAUUUAGGAAGGUAAUUAAGUCAUGGUAAUGUUACUGGUUAGAAUCUUUGAAAGAUAUGCAUAGAAAAUAGAUAUACAACAUUGAGAGAAUAGUAACCAUGGGCACGGAGGAAACCUUUGUUUCACCCAAAUGAACUAACUGACUAGGACCAAUAGAUGACUCUACCUGUAUGAUCGCCGGCCAUUGGACUACGUUGAACCUAUCGUCAUGAUCGUGUGGAUUCUUGUGGCUGUGUCUUACUUCGUAAAUACGUCCGUCGUUGUAGUAAAAACCGACAUCUGUGCUAAACAUCUACUGAAAGUUAUAUUCAACCAGGACUUUGUAACCUGCAUGUAAGGGAAAUCACUAAUUCCAAAUACUCUCUCCGCUGACUUAAAAGAGGUCACUUUCGCAUUCAUGAUGUGCGGCAUUUAUCUACUGUCUCAUGACAAGCAUGAGUUCAUCGGUUACCGUCCAUCUUUUAAUAUUUAUGAGGGGAAAAUUUCCUAUAUCUUUAUUGGAUUCAAGUUAUGACGCCACAAAAUGUAUAGUAAAAGCCUGAAUUGUGAUGCGAAACUGACCUCGUGAGUCCGCGUAUGAUAGUGUCGUUAUUUGGUAAAAUCAAGACGAUAUAAGACAAGUCCUAUUUUUCUUGGUAACAUUUAUCAAUCCCCAUAAUAUUGAGCAGUAAACAACUCAUGUUCUGUUGAUUUGAAAUAGGUUUGUUGCUUUAUUAAGUUAUAUUAUUUAUAAACUGCGAACCAUAAGCAUACAAGUCGCUGAAAAAGGCGCAUUUUGAAACCAUUGAAUUUAUUGCAACAUUCCAUUCACACGUGCAUCGGACACGAAUCUUCUUUAAACUUUUUUUUAAUUACGCACUAUGCUCCCAAAAAAUAUUAUAUUGACACGAGAUUGGAGCACUGUUCAAACGAAAUGCGUGUGUAUACAGUAUGCUAUUGGUACGCGGGUUCUAUUCCUCAUAUAGACUGUGUAAGUAAUCACUCCCAAUCCGUUAAAAGCGAUGCGUGAACUCCAAUAGACUUCGAGGAAACAAACGUGCAUUCAAAGAUGUUUAUUUAUUUUAAUAAAUUA